AUGGAAGAAUCCGAAAACGAGAAUUUUGCCAUUUUCAGAGACUGCCUUUCCACAACGAUUUUGGAGAAAAGAAACACCAAGUCGGAGCCAAAACGACGACGCCGGUCCAAGGCAGCAGCCGCCGCCAAUGCGCCUUCACAGACAAACUCGCAGCAAGAGGAGGCCGAGGAGCUAGCCGACUUCAUCGACUAUCUCGCUCGUGAAAUAUUCGAAAACCUGCCCGAAGAGCUGCAGUCGAUAGACCACCGCUCAUGGCGAGACUCGCAAAGCCUCCAGGAUGACUUCUCCCUGCCACUGACAGUGGACAGCCUGGAGUCGCUCAACCUCCCGCUCUCCAUCUCAGAAACCCUCCGGACCUACAGCCUCAUCUCGCCCGACCCAACCGCAUCCUCCCCCCUCCCGCCCACCGCCGAGGCCUUCAUCCUGCCCGCCCUGUCUGCGUACCUGUCCACGCUGACGGCCGCGCCGCCCGCCACGCGCAGCGAGGCGACGCGCGCCUCCGCCUGCGAGAUCUGCGAGCGGUCGUGGAUCCCGCUGUCGUACCACCACCUCAUCCCGCGCUUCGUCCACGACAAGGUGGUCAAGCGCGGGUGGCACCGCAGGGAGGACCUGCAGAACGUGGCCUGGCUCUGCGGCGCGUGCCACCGCUUCGUGCACCACUUCAAGAACCACGAGGAGCUCGCGCGCGACUACUACACGGUCGAGCGGCUGCUCGAGGCCGAGGAGGUGCAGCAGUGGGCGGGCUGGGCGGCCAAGCUCCGGUGGAAGGGGGGAGGGGUUCGUCGCAGGUGA